AUGAUCACAGUUGAGUCGUCAAAAAAGAAAGUGGGUGGAAUUGUGAAGCUCAAGAAUGUUGUAGAGAGGUUGGUGCAGAUCAAAAGCUUUUCAUCGGCAAAGAAACCCGGUUCCGAGGAGUACGGCCGUGAUUGUGUCCCAAAAGAUGUGAAGGAAGGUCAUGUUGCGGUCAUAGCCGUUGAUGGAUAUCAUGAGGCUACACAAAGAUUUGUUGUCCCAUUAAUGUUUCUAGAACAUCCGAUGUUCAGGAAGCUUCUCGAACGGGCGGAGGAAGAAUACGGGUUCAAUCACGAUGGAGCCCUCAUGGUACCAUGCCGGCCAAGCCACCUCCGCAGGAUAUUGACCGAACAGUGGUGUUAG